GCGCAGUAAAUCUGCGCUCAACGAGUAUAACCAGGUACAAAUGAAAAACAUUGUGUGUUCCUAUCCAGCAUCUAGGAGAUCAGUGGCCACUGCACAGGAAUGGAUAGUGUAGAAGGCGAAGAUUCAGACAACCCAGAUAAGAACAUUACUGACCCUUCCAAUCCCCCAGUGGUCAGCAUGUCCAAGUCCAGCCUUUGUAGUGGAUGUGAUAGUCCAAAGUCACUGGACCCUGCAGCCAAGGUACCAGCCAGGGUCCUCACUCCCUCUGCUGUCUCUGAUGCACGGCAAAAGAAAACCAUCCAGUUGAGAAAUGCAAAAUUUAACAUUGAUAAACUGAAAAGUUUGGCCAGUAAUCUGCCAGUAAAAAAUUGGCGAAGAGAGGAUAGUAAAUCAGCUGAUCUCAGCACAGUGCCACCUAGAGAUAAUAUUGACAGUUUAUAUAGUGACAAUAGUGCCAGUGCCAGUAGCGUUUCCAACAAUAGCAGUGUCAGUAACAAUGACAGCAACAGCAUUGUUAACAUUAACGGUCACAGUAGCUAUGAAAACUACAUAAGUGGUAGCAGUGUUGCCAGUGACAAGAACAACAGUAACAAUCCUCGUCAUUCAAGCAGUAACAGUAACAACAUCAUUGACAGUGACAAUAGUAGUAUCAACAACUGUGAUAAAGACAACAGUCCUCAAGAAAAAUCCCUUGGUGUCAAAUUAACAACUCCAGCCAAAGACAUAAUACAUAUUUCUGAUGAUGAAGAGGUUGAUGUUGAUAUCAUUGGUUACAGUGAUGAUGCUGAAAAUGCUCACAGCAGUGAUGAUAAUGUUCCCAACAAACCUGACGACAGCAGAAUCCGUACGAAACAACCGUCCCGUUUGGAAGAUGACAGUGCACAUUACAGCCCCAAAAACCAGUCCAAUAAGAAUUCAGCUGCGAUCACUCACCGAGGCGACUCAUACAUGCAAUCAAACCUCACAGACAGCAGCCCUACAUACUUCAACAGCAAUAACAAUGUCAGAAGUCUCAGUGAGAAUGAUACCUCUUUUUAUACCACAAGUGACAACGAGCCAUUAGUUCUUAAAAUCCAACAGCAAGUUCAUUGCUCCGUGGAUAGUAAAGAAGAGAGUAAAGGUAUUCCCAUUGAAAGAAUGACGGAACAAAUAACAAAGAAACAUAGAAAGUCACUACCCAAAAAGAAGAAGAGAAAAAAGGCAACCACUGGGAAGCAUAAGUGUGCAUACUGCUCAAGAAGUUACCCAACCGUGAGCCAGCUGAUCGUACACACCAGAUACCAUACGGGAGAGGAGCCAUUUUCAUGCUCCUACUGUGACAGAAAAUUCAAAACCAGCUCUCAUCGAAAAUAUCAUGAAUCAUCUCACAUAACGCAAGGUGGAAUUUAUGCUUGUCAAGACACGGCAUUCACAAGCAAAAGUGUCGUUAGUUGUGAAUCAAACUCAGAAACUGUCCAUCAAAGUUUGGAAUCUGCCCAGAGUAAGGAAAAUGAUACUGAAGAUUCAGUGGACUGUAAUGAGGUGAAGAAGACUACAGCAAUGCAUGACAAUGACAACAAGAAUGUGGAUGCUUCAUUGAAAAACAAAGCCCAGGUCUCGGAGUGCAGCCAAGAUGGAAAGAAGGCAUCAGACAAAUUGGCAAAGAAGAGAUCUCUGGAUGCUGAUCUUGAGCCAACAACACCAAAACAAGCUAGACAUUCAACAGUUGAAGAAGAAAUCCUCUCAUUAGAGUGCCUCUAUUGUGAACGAGUAUUCAAAAGCCCCUCUCUUCUUGAGUACCAUGAAUGGACUCAUGGUAUUAACAAAUCCUUCAACUGCAAGACCUGUGGCAAGUCAUUCAGAACAGUGGAAGGAUGGAAAAGGCACAUGAAGUUCCACACAAAGCAGGUUGCCUUUCUGUGUCAGUACUGUCAAAAGUCAUUUUCCUCUAAGAGUAAUAAGACAGCCCAUGAGAGAAAAAGAUGCCCCGUUAGAAGAAAACGGACCUAUCCAUGUCAGCAUUGUGGACUAGUGUUUGCUGAUGAAAAUGUUGAAAGGCUACAUGAAGAGAAAUGUGCUCCUGCAACUAGGGCUACUACCUCUGGAUCUGAACCUAAAGACUCCAUUGCAUUUCAGAAAAGUCUCGAUUCUCCACCAGAGAAGAUAAAGAGAAUUGCCAAAAAGAAGAAGAAGAAGAAGAAAAAGAAGAGCAUUCCUUCUAACCACAAGUCGUCACCUCAACAUUUUAUGCUUACCAAAAAGAAAAAGGUCAAAGGUCACUUGAGGUUUGGAUCAAGCCAUUUUCCCUUUGACACAGAAGACAACAGAUGUCCAAUUUGUGAAAAGAAGUUCUCAUGCAAAGGUAAUACCAACCGCCACUUAAAAGUUAUACACCCCAAGGAAUGGAUGAGAAUCCUGAGCACAAGAACCUCUCCAAGGAAAGAACACCAUGUGGUAACACAGACUGUUCAAGGUUUGACAAAUUUGAUUGAAGACAGUAGCAGAUUGACAGAGGAUGUUGUUCUAGAUUCGGUAGAACCUGUUGAGAAAAAUGUUCUCUGUUCUAAAUCGAAAAUACACCAUGAAGAUGAGACACAAGGUGCAUGUACAUAUUCCCAGUCAUACAAAGCCAAUCAUGUGGAACAUGUUCCCAGUGCAGGUGGGGACAGUAAUGCCAAAGUCGAGUACCAGGCUACAAAAGCACUUUCACCUGAUCUCACUAUAACAUUCACCAAAAAGAAACACCAGGGUAAUGAUAAAACCAACAAAGAAGGACUCCAGGUUCUUAAUCCAUCAGAAUUGAACGAUGAGAGUACAACACCUGCAAAAAUAGCUGAAGUCAGUUCAUCCCUAUUCAAAUGUCAUGAUUGUCAUAAGGCUUUUCCCACAUGGAAAGAGAGACGCCAUCACUGGAAAAGAGAACAUCAACCUGGGUUAGGCAACAAAAGUUCUGGUGCUUCCUUAUCCAGCCAUGGAGACAGGCGGCAGGAAGGAAAACAUCGAGAAUCGAGUAGUAGUCUUACAAGGCCGUCCCAAAAACACAAAUCCAGUGAAGAUAAGGAUGUCCGCUUGGAGGAGAACCAGGAUGGCAAUCUGCCCUCAGAAAAGAAAAGACUUUUGUCUCAAAGUGAGCAUUGUGCCCAGUCAAAACAAUCAGAAGGGAUAAAGCCUGCAGUGGUGUCUUCUUCUUGGACGCAAGAAAACUGGUCCAGUUUAGAUAAAUUUGCUAAUGAUGUACAGCAAAGUUCUGUAUUUGAAAGAAAAAGGCACAGGCAUUCCAGUAACUCAAAACAUUCCAGUAGACACAAGCAUAAAAAAAGAGACAGGGAAUUUCUUGGUAGGGAAGAGUCACAGGUUCAUGGACAUGGGUCUAGUAUUCAUACUCCCAGUAGAACAAUGACACAUGCACAUGCAUUUAACCAUAGUAGUAUGAAGAAGUCUCCAGCAAAGCUUUAUUCGGAUAAAAUUUCUGUAGUCCCAGCCGGAAGGAAAGGUGUCGACAUCAUUGAUAUUAUUGAAGAUGGCACUGAUAAUAAGAAAACCCAUGAAAUCGUAGUCGAAGUGGAAGACCAUGUAGAAGAUGUGGGAGUUUCUCAAAGUACUCUUUCUCCUAGUAAGGAUUUAGACAAAAGUGGAUCCAAUUCAAAUUUUGCUGCCAUGGGUCUCUUUCAGUGUGAACAUUGUGGGGAUAUAUUUACUAAGAAAUCUGUGUGGCAAGUACACCUCACCACACAUGGAGUUAGCUCAUUGCCUGAGCCAUCCCAUGCUAAGGAUUUAAGUUGCAAAUGCGAAAUUUGCCAUCGCAAUUUCAAAACCAAAUAUGACAGAAUAAAGCAUGAGAAGCGUGUCCAUACUAAUCCCGUAGAUAGACCCUUCAAGUGCAAAUAUUGUGCCAAAACCUUUGCCUUGGAACCUGAUGCCAUAAAACACCAGAUCUCCACCCAUGAUGCAAAGAUUGCUUCGCACGCUUGUAGAUAUUGCCACCUCACUUUCCCAACUGCGCGCAGAUGCAUGGCACACGAAGCCAAGCAUUCAGGGGGAAACAGGGGGGCGGUGCAGUGUAGGCAUUGCCCAAGAGUUUUCACUACAAAAUACUUUAGAUCAUUGCAUGAGAAGCGGGCUCACACCAGAGGGACAGACAAGACUUUUUCUUGCCGUUUUUGCAUGAGAAACUUUGACCAAGAGAUUCUCUUGAGGCUUCACGUUAAAAAGAAGCAUAAGAAAAAGCUAUUAUCUUCAGAGUCUGAAAGGAAUACAAAAUCACCGCCUCAGAAUAAGUUCCCAAGAGGAUUAAAUGGGUCAUUUUCAUGUCAUCACUGUGGUCAAACUCUUAGUUGCCACAGAAACUAUGUUGAACAUAUGAGAUGGCAUGUUGGAGAGAAACCUUUCAAGUGUGACUUCUGUCCAAAGAGGUUUACUAGAAAAUCUAAUUGCACAACGCACGAAAAAAACUUUCAUGCUGAGAAAUUAAGACGCAGACAGUUAAAAAUGAGUAGCAGCAGGUCCAAGGAACCUGAGAAUGGUCCAUCUCUUCCGAAUAACUAAGCUAAAGUGACUAAAGCAUAUUUCAGUGUCAGGUUAUUUACUAGAUGAGUUUGUUUAACUGUCAUAAGACUUUCCCACAUUGCUUUACACAAAGCGACUGAGAGCUAUUGAGAAGACUGUUAAAUGAGGGUGAGUGAGGGGUGGGGAAGGUAUGGAGUGGAGGGUAUAGUCUGGAAAAAGGCAAAUUGCAGGAUUUCCAGUUAUUAAAUUCUUAAUUGAAGGUCAUGUGAAGGUCAGGGGUCUGAGACUGACCUGGGCUCAAGUUCAUACCAGAAUACAAUUAUUGAUAAUAAGUCUCCAGUAUGAUUUCUUUACUUGUGAUUUUACAUGGAGUUUUUUUUUAUCUGUUUGUGUGCUAAAUGUAGAUUUUAUGAUUUACAAAGCAGUAUUCUUUUCAUGGUAAUUACUUACUAGUACUAAAAAUACCUCUUUUUCUGACACUGUAUUAUUUGGUGAAAGACUAUUAGCAUUUAUUCAUUUUAAGAGACCAUUUGAGUUUCUGAUGAAGAAACAAUCAGCUGAAUUAUAUUCAUUUCCCCUCACAGAUUGUAUUUCUUUCUCUGGUGUAAUGGGAUCCAAGAAAUUUGUGAAAAUGGA